AUGACGGAGGACAUGCAUAUGCGCAGUUCUGACCGAGUUCGACGUGAGCAUGCCUUCCAUGGUGAUGACGACGCCAUCACGAUCGAUGAUCUUUGGGAAGCAUGGUUCGAAAGCGACGAGAGAGCGUGGAAUAAUGAGCAGGUGCGUAAUUGGAUAGUUAAUGAGGUGAACCUCCCCAUGUAUGCCGACCGGAUUGUGGAGCUCAAGAUAGACGGAACGGUGUUGCCGAGGUUGGCUGUCCAUAACUCAACGUAUAUGACAACUUACCUUGGAAUAAAAUCGUCAGUACAUCGUCAGAAACUACGACUCAACGCACUGGACGUCGUCUUAUUUGGCCAUCGCGAUCCUUCGUCGAAAGGAAAAGAUAUUGCUCUUGCUUUAUUGCUUCUUUUGCUUACAUCGGUUUUAAUUCUCUACGUCAAGCAACGUCGACGGGCCCGCCUCCAGGUCACUGAGCUCUCCCAGAAACUAAAGGAAUUGAAAUCGAUGGAGAACGAGUUUGAUCACGAACAAAAGAAGUGGCACGAAGAGCGAAGUAGACGGUCAACGACCGAUGGAGGAGUGAGUCAAGUCGAAGUGGAUAACCUUCGGGUUCAGUUAGAAGCCGCUGAACGAAGAUUGGAAGAGAAUGGAUAUGGUGGUUGUCCGCUUGCACUCCAACCGCUUCUUCGAAAGACUUGUGAAAUUGAGAUGGCAUUCCUAGAGAAGCAAAAGCAGGAAUGCGUAAAAGAAAUGCGAGAUGCGAUUGAAAUGGUAGAUCGUCUUCAGAAGAAAACAUCCAGUGUCCUGUCGUCGCUGAAACUGGCAACUGGAGCAUCAUCUUCCAGUGAUCAAGUUGACAGUAAAAUCUUUGCUCUGAAGUCUCGCAUGGACAAAAUCCAAGGGCUCAUGCGUGAAUCUCAAGAACGAUGGCUUCAAAUAGAGUCUCUUUGCGGAUUCUCUGUCCUCUAUGUCGGCGGAAUAAUCAUGAGUAAAAUGAUCUCCAAACUGGCAGCUGCCGAAGCGUCAAAGACCGCCGGAAAGGGUGCAAAGAAACCAGAAAGUCCUCUUCAUGUUGUGAAACUCAAACGGAUACCGUACGGACUCUUUGAAAAGCAACUGUGGGAGUAUUUCACUCAGUUCGGGAAGGUUAUAAGAGUUCGAGUAGCUCGUAGUGUGAAGACAGGCAACCAUAAAGGAUGGGCCUACGUUGGAUUCGAGGACAAAGAUGUAGCGGAAAUUGCAGCAGAAACAAUGAAUGGAUACCUCAUGUUCGAGAAAAGGCUCAGCUGUCAUGCAAGUUUUGCCACUGUUAUGGAUACUGAGAAAAUUCCAAAAUGUAUGAAAAGUGGACCAAGAUAUCUAGCUCCACCUCACAUGCGAGGGCGUGCUAAAAAGGAAGCUUUGAAGCGCAAUAAAGAUAAGACGAAAGAGCAAGAGGAAAAAACAAAGGUUAUGGAUACUGAGAAAAUUCCAAAAUGUAUGAAAAGUGGACCAAGAUAUCUAGCUCCACCUCACAUGCGAGGGCGUGCUAAAAAGGAAGCUUUGAAGCGCAAUAAAGAUAAGACGAAAGAGCAAGAGGAAAAAACAAAGGCGAGACGGCAAGCUGCUCAAAAACGAAAACUAAAUAAGCUUAGAAGUCUUGGUAUCGAAUAUGAACUGGAUACGAUAAUGUCAAUUUCUAAACCUGAUACUUCGGACAUUAAAGAAGUGGAAAAAUCAGAAGAACAUGUAAGUUUUGCCUUUUCAUGCUUAAAAUUAACUGCUUCUAGGAGGAACUUUGGUGGAAAGCUCAAAGCCGCCCGUAAAGAAAAUGAAGAGUUCGAGGCCACACGUGAAGAGAGGUCAAGGGCUUAG